GGGCGCGGUCGCCGUCACGGAGCGGAGUUGGCGCUUGUCAUCCGGCCGCCAUUAUCUCGUAUUUGAACGGAUUCGUAAAAUCAAUUAUAAUUCGCGCUGUCGUUACAUGUUUAUAGUGGUGGGUGCGGUAUAGAUUCGAAAAAUUUAAAGAGGUGUGAUUGUUUCCUUGCAAAAAGUGCGUUUUCGAUACAUUGGAACGGUGUAAAGUGCUAACAGUUAGGUUACUGUGUUGGGUGAUAUCGUUGGAUAGGGUGGCUCCGGUCGGUCCGGAGCGGCAGGACGCGUGUAGAGCGCAUGCAGAGGGAGCGGUGAGAGCGCGCCCGGCUGGGGAGUCGGGGCGGCCGGAGACGAAGGCACUGGGACAACUGCCGCCAUGGGUUGCGCCCAGUCGGCGGAGGAGCGCGCGGCGAUUGCUCGCAGUCGUCAAAUCGAGAGGAACCUAAAAGAGGAUGGCAUCCAGGCCUCCAAAGAUAUCAAGUUAUUGCUACUAGGUGCCGGCGAGUCGGGCAAGAGUACUAUAGUAAAACAAAUGAAAAUUAUCCACGAAAGUGGCUUCACGAAUGAAGACUUCAAACAGUACCGGCCGGUGGUGUACAGCAACACAAUUCAGUCCCUGGUCGCCAUUUUGCGCGCCAUGCCUAACCUUGGCAUCACCUAUGGCAAUAAGGAUCGGGAGAGCGACGGCAAGAUGGUAUUCGACGUGAUUCAGCGGAUGGAGGACACGGAGCCGUUCAGUGAGGAGUUGCUAGCUGCCAUGAAGAGGCUGUGGGCGGACGCCGGCGUCCAGGAGUGCUUCGGCCGCUCCAACGAGUACCAGCUCAAUGACUCAGCCAAAUAUUUCCUCGAUGACCUGGAUCGGUUAGGAGCCAGGGAUUACCAGCCUACCGAACAAGAUAUUUUAAGAACAAGAGUCAAAACUACUGGCAUAGUCGAAGUGCACUUCUCCUUCAAAAACCUUAAUUUCAAAUUGUUCGACGUAGGCGGGCAGCGGUCUGAGAGAAAGAAAUGGAUUCACUGUUUCGAAGACGUGACCGCGAUCAUAUUCUGUGUGGCCAUGUCCGAGUACGACCAGGUGCUUCACGAGGACGAGACAACGAACCGCAUGCAGGAGAGCCUGAAGCUGUUUGACUCGAUCUGCAACAACAAGUGGUUCACGGACACCAGCAUCAUCCUGUUCCUCAACAAGAAGGAUCUGUUCGAGGAGAAGAUUCGCAAGUCCCCGCUCACCAUCUGCUUCCCAGAGUACACCGGCGCGCAGGAGUACGGCGAGGCGGCGGCGUACAUCCAGGCGCAGUUCGAGGCCAAGAACAAGUCCACCACGAAGGAGAUCUACUGCCACAUGACGUGCGCCACCGACACCAACAACAUCCAGUUCGUGUUCGACGCCGUCACCGACGUCAUCAUCGCCAACAACCUGCGCGGCUGCGGCCUCUACUAGACUCCGCCGUCGCCAGAAUCGUUCCACGUACGUCAAUGUCUACACUUGUGGGAAACAGUGGAGUUGGACUUGCCCUCGUCUGUGCUGUUCUAGACCACACUACCACACUGUACGCCUCCACAGGGUUCUCCGUCGUCCUCCGCUGUUUUAACGUCGACGACGGACUACGUAGAAAUCGUAUGGAGAUUUGACGUACGUCAAUUUAAAACCUAUGGAAAAUAAAGGAGCGGCCGCACGCAUAGGAGCCGGGCCCUUAGUGUCGAACUUGUUUAAGUUUAUGCUGACUUCGAUACUUGAUCAAGUUAUUCGACCUCAUUUUGUUAGUGUCAGAUUUGCCCCACACAUUGUAUCUCAAUGUUAGUGUCGAUAUACCCCGAGUUUGCUGAUUUUGGCACUGAAAUGAGAGUGUUCAUUCGCCUUGAAUUAUGGAGAUUUAGAUACUAAAAUUCGUGUACUAAUUCGGCCCAAUUUGAAGGUGAUUUUGAUAAAUUCAGAUAUUAACACUAAGUAUCAAUUUACACUAACACGCAAGAUAAGUAAGAUUCAUUGUUUUAAUAGCACUAGUUAUUUAGACUUCUAUCACCUAGUGUACUCGAUAUUUACAGUCUUUAUCGAAAUUGAAACUUUACCGUGGACUUGGCAAUGACACACUGACAUUGAGGUACGUGACUUGUGGAGUGUCAUCGUGACACUGCGAGCGCUCACACUUGCCUGGCGAUUCCAACUUACUAUUCGAUCACAAAUGGAUUGGAAAUUCCAACCACAAAAUGGCUGUCUUCUUUCGAUUCGAAAUAACAUCCAAAUUGUAUCUGUAAUAACAUUCGGUCUGUAAUUAUUUUAUGUGACACGUGUCUAUUAAGUGGAUUUAAAAAAAAAACGGUAAUACUUCUAAUCUGUCUAGAGUAUCACGUUUAAUCUGCAUUUUCAAUCAAAUAUGCGAAGUAAAUCAGCCAUGUGCGAUUACUUUAUUGAAAAUUAGCAAUAAAAUUAAUAUGAUUGGUGAAUAUUUCCUUUGUAUAUUGAUGGAAAUGCAGCUGCCAGCAAUUGAAACAUCAAUCUGUGGAGCCCCAAUCGAAUCGCUCGGUUUUCGCUUGUUCCAUUCCCCUCGGCUCCACUAGCUGACCUCUUGUAUAUGGUCACGUGUAACGGAGUCAGCCAUACAUUUACCGUUCGCGGAUCUAUUUCAUAUUCUUUAAAAAUUCAAACCGACUUCUGUAAAAAAAAAUCUACUUUCCAAAACAAAAUAUAUGGCUAUAAAGUACCUAAUAAAGAUCUAUUUACGCGAUCGUCGAAAAUGACGAACGACUAAAAUGUUCAUAAAUUGUUGUAAAAUAGAUAAAUCCAUUUACGUAAUAUAGCGCGCGAUGUGUACCUCUCAGACUAGUAAGUUACUAUGCUGGUUCGGAAUUUUAAGAAUUGGCAGAGUAUUAGACACAUUUAGCUCUCGGGUGUAAGGUUUGUAAAAUUUUCUGAUUGAGAAUGCAAUAGAUACGCGAACGAGUGUGUCGGCUCGGAGGCGCUUUUUUAUAAUUUUACGGGAAGUAAGUCGCAGUCACUGAACAAGAUUGCCGACGCUGGACAUCUGUUAGCUUUGAAAGCUGACCAGUAAUCUACUGGGUUAAGGCUGUAGCCGAUUUAUACGUUACCUCUCCCACCCAGCAAAAUUAUUUUCAUUGCAAUCUAAAGUCCAAUUUAGUCCCUUUUCUGUAAAUAUAAUUUACAUUGAAUCAGCGGACCGUAAGCUAGUUUACAGGUCUUGUUUGUCAAUGUAAAGUAUGUCUACAGAGCAGGCUCUUAAAGCUCACUUUUCAGUGAACGCUAUAUUGUCGGUUGAGAUCCGUGUGCAGUAAAUCUGUUAUGACUAUAUUCGUAAUAGACAGGCGUUACAAUUUAUUUCAAUAUCAAAACCGUGUUUAUAUCGACGACAGACGUUCCGAAUCAUUUCGUAAAUGUUUUAAAAUAUUUUUGGGAACUUCUGUCUAUUUGGAGGUUUCCAGGUUCUAAGCUUGUUGGUCGCCGCCGACCGUUCACUGCAGCCGCGAGUUCCUUCGCGUUAUAUUUCCCGUGUAAAAUAAACCGUUUGAAUUCGUUGUAGUUUCGCCGCGACCUCCGUCUGUUUGAGUGUUCAAAACUAAAUUUUGGUGCUAGGCAUUGGAAUAGCGUUUCGUUCAGCGUUCGGCCGGUGUGGGCGGUCGGGGCGACCGUAGUGAUUCGCUGGCGUUUGCCAGAUGUAAUCUGACAUAUUCGCAUAAUGUCAGAGGCGUAAUAAAGCUAAAAUAUUUGAUGUGAAAUGCAUCACUAUCUUUAGUGUGUUAAGUAGAAAACCUGUAACAAUUACAUUCGUCACAAAUUGAUGUAAAUAUGAAAGUAAAAUUUGAACUCAAUUUCUCGUACCUGACUAGACUUGUGGCAUUAACGGCUGUCAUUGAUGCACGUCUGGCAAUAGGCAUGCGAAUCGCACCAAUCUGCUUAUAUACUCACUCUCUUACGGACCAAUCUCAGAAGGAACCAAUAUGUAGCACUGACAAACCGUAGUGGACACAUGAAUUCACAGGCCUACUUUAACGGAUACAAAAUGUCAUUCCAUUAUUAAGUAUUAAUCGCUUACUAUGAGAAAUUAUUUUUGUAAAGUUUUGAAAGCACAGUAACCGCUCGCAUUAAGAUAUAGCAUUUAUUUUACGUACCUUUAAUUAUUUAAACUAAGCGCAGUCUAGAAAAAUCACUACUUUAUUUUAAGCAUUCGUAUCGCACAAGUUUAUUUACGUAAGCAUUCAUUUGUUAUGCCAUAUACAAUCUUAAAUAUUUUUUGUGUUCAUAUUUUUUCUAUAUCACUUUACAGUUAACCUUAAGGUGUAGCCAUUUAAGAUCUAUUAUGUAUUCGAUUAUAAAAUUCAUGUUAGGUAUUUAUUUUGUCUAGCAUAUUUGUAUUGAAGGUGGUAUAUGUAAACGGUCAUAUUUAAUUUUAUAUUUAAGUGAGUAACCAAUAUUUACGGUCAUCAUGUUAAUCAUUAUUUUGUGAAGGUGGUUUGGAACUGUAAGGCGAGACGUGGCAGUCGACGUUCUGUGCGCAUCGCGUGUAAGAUAUGUGAGUAUAUAAUCUUUGUGUACACUCGCGAAUUGGCGUAAUCAACACUAUACAUAUAUAUACUAUAUAACAUAAUUUAUUAUUAAUAAUAAAAUAAAAAUCUUACUUUUAAGCAUUAGGACAGUAACUGUAUCAAUAAACAUUAAUUAAUAAUGCAAUUAGACAGUAACCUUUACUAUUGUCAUAGAUAGGUGAUUUAUUUUCAUUUUACGUUUAUGAGUAUGUAAAAAGUGAUUAAAUGAAAAUGUAACGCCUACACUAAGCGGGCCAUUCUGCAGAGCAAGGGACGGAGACAAACCAAAGAUUUGAGUGAGUGAGACCCGGGCCCGGGCCAGAACCCCAGGCCCCGGGCCAGUGUCGAGGCCCCGGCUGGCCCCGGGCCAGUGUCGAGGCCCCGGCUGGCCCCGGGCCAGUGUCGAGGCCCCGGCUGGCCACGGGCCAGUGUCGAGGCCCCGGCAGGCCCCGGGCCAGUGUCGAGGCCCCGGCUGGCCCCGGGCCAGUGUCGAGGCCUCGGCUGGCCCCGGGCCAGUGUCGAGGCCCCGGCUGGCCCCGAGGCCCCACGACCAGACUCGCGUUUGGGAAUGGCCCGUGACCGAGCGACGCAGCUCGCUUGUUGCUAGGUAGGUUUUUUACUGUUAUGUAACAAUAUGUGUACGUAAAACUAAUAAAAAUAAUAUUAGCGCAGUUCAACAUUCAACCCAGAAACCUACAUUUAAGUAAGCUUCACACUACAUUAAAAGUUUUUAAAGAGUGAAUGGUGCAUGUGAGUACAUAAUGUCUUCGCUGUCGGUAAGGCCUCAUCCGUAUGUAGUCCAGGGGUCGGCGGCUAGAGCCAGGCUUGCUCUGCGGACGAUUUGAUGACACGUGUGUGUUCCAAACCGCACAAAAGAAAAUGUAGCGGCCGGUCCGACCCUUCGUGCCCACAUUCAAGUGUUGAUAACAGAUUUUGCGGGUUGAACCUUUAUUAGUAAGGAUGUGUUUUAAAAUUAACGAUGACGCAUAACCGAUAUGUCAUCACAUAAGUAAAAGCUGUCGCUAAACAGCAAUCUGGUUCAACCCUCGGUAGGACGUUUGCAUUUCGAUGUGUUCCGCCGCCGCUGAUUAACUUGUAUGCUUUAAUAUUUUGAGUGAAUGUGAUGUAAAUUUUGUACACUGCCGCAUUGUUUAUCGCUCGAAUCACAUUUAGUUUAUAAGAUUUGAGACAGUGAUCGAUCCCGCACACACAAUUCGUUUGUACACAAAACGAACGCACAAAAUGGUUUCUGAUUCGCCGGGUGCUGACUGAGGCACGGACGAGGCAGCGCCUGUGGUUGCCUCGUGCUGCUGCCUCGUGCGGCUGCCUCGCGACGCUCGCGCAGCGAGUCUGGUCGUAAGCAACUCGUCUCAAGCUCAAAGAACCUUCAGCCGAGCGUCCGUCGCCUUUGUGCUGGGCUUCUUAUUUGAAGACUGAAUUGUUGCGGCUCAAAUGUUUUCGCGCUUUAUUAGAUCCACGUCGGGAGGUUAUUGCAGAGUUUUUAAGAGAUGUAGUUUAUUGUAAGAUGUGCAUGAUUCGAGGGCGGCCCGAAAUGACAUCUUUGAAAUCACCGAAUUGAGCGACGUUCAGUUGUGAUUGUAAUGCUGAAUAUUUGUCACAAUGUUGUCGAUUUGAACUAUAAGUUAGAUUUGGUUUCCCUGGAGAUUAGGCUGCUCUGCUUAUUGAAGUCGAACAGGUCGCAGCCGUUUAUUUAUUGAAAAUGACAUCACAAAGAAGAAAGUUUGUUGGUUGAAUGUUCCACCUGAAGAACAAAAUCUAUUUUAUUAUUUCAAAUUCCUUUCAUUAUAAUAAUCCCAUCCGAAACAAUUGUAAACUUGGUAAAUAACUUGAAAUAUGUUAAAACGUUGAAAAGCUUCGUGAGCAGAACUCUAGGGAUCAUCCUAUUAUGGUGGUAUCAUAUUUAACUAUAUUUAAGUAAUCAUUUAUCAGAGCUCUACGCUUUCUAUAUCCUCAGCUAACUUCGAGUGGUACAUCGGAAGACGAUGUUAGGUCGGUUACACGAGUAAGAUGUGUGAUUGAAUUAUUUUUUAAAACAAUAUCACCAUGCUUCAUUCAUAUUUGCCAAAGUUAAUACUAACCUCACUAUUUAUACUGUAUGUUCUUUGAUAACUAAAUUAUGUCUGAGAUUCGUGGUGAGGGCGAGGCACGCCGCCGCGGCGACGUGGCCAAGCCGUUAUAGUGGUAUUGGUACUGAUCAGAGUACAAUGUUGAAAAAUAUCUUAGAAUUGAUGACAUGUAAACAUUUAUUUGUAGCGCGUGCGAGGGUCGCUCGGCGUGCGUCCCGCUCGCGGCGCUCUCCACCGGAGCCGCGGCGCUGAGCGACCCCGACUAUUGAACAAAUGUUUAAGAAAGUAAAAUUUUUAGUCACUAGUGGGUAAUUUUUGAAUGUGAUUCAAUCUUAUCUUUAUUUUUCUAUAUCGAGUGACAUCUUUGGGUUUUGUUUCUUUACGUUCCGACUUAUUAUUUGUAAAUCAUUUACUGAAAGCGAUGUAUUUAACCAACGAUGUAAUUAAACAAUAUUUUCUCUUUUUGUAUCUCGUCUGCACUGGUAUUUUUUAUUGAAUUUACUAUAAAUGUACUUUUAAGUGUAUAAUUUUAAAUAAUUACUGAAAAUGAUUAUAUUCUAAUUUUUAUGUUCAAAUAA